CUAUUUAUAUGAUAUGAUGGCGCCAUAGUUUUAAGUCCAAAAUCAGGGUUUCUAUUUGAGAGAUCAAUGAAGAGUAACAGCUUCUUGUCAUCUUCUUCACAACUCGAAAUUUCCUCCGAUAAUCUCCUCCGCCACAGACACCACCGCCGUUCCAGAUCCUUCGGCUGUGUCUCCAGCCUCCUCCAUUUCUUCUCUAACAACCACACCCGCCGCAACAAAUCAAUCACAUUCGUCCACAACAGCAUUCACGAACUCCACGAUACCAUUUCCAUAUCCAAAAUUUCUCAAUCUCCAAAACAUGAUUCCGCCGCUAAUCUCCUAGUUUUCUCAUCCGAUUCAUCGCGGAUCGCGGAAAGAUCCGAUUCCACCAUGUCCACAACGACGGUGGAGAGAUUUCGAGGAGCGAGAGGUCCGAUCGUGCGUUUGAUGGGACUAGAAAGCACCACGGCGGAGGAGGAGAAGCAGAGGCAGGUUCUGGAAGCUUUGGAGAAAUGUGAACGGGAUCUUAAGGCGCUGAAGGAGUUCAUCGAUGCGUUUGAGUCGACAGAGAGUUUCAGAUCGUCGUCUCCGGCUGGUGAAGGGAAAAGGAUUGAGUUGAUGGUUUUGAAACAGAAGGAGGAGGGUACUCCGGUGGCGGAAGAGCUGAGUUUGCCAUGGCAUUUCUUUAACCGCCAAGGCUUCAACAACUCCAUGAUCUUCCACCGCCCGUCUACAAAUCCCGGAAAAACAAUACAAUCACAGCAAAUUCAACAAAUGCAAAGGAAGAAACAAGAAGAUGAUCAGAAGGAUAUGAUGAUAUUGAAUAAUGUAAGCAAAUUUGAUGGAACAAAAAACAAAACCCAUGAAAUAGUAAUUGGUAAGUGGAAAUUAAGUGAAAAGGGAAACGAUGAAUUAUGCCAUUCACUAUGCAGAAGUAGUAAUAAUAAUAAGGUGGAAAUGAGAGAGAGUGUAGAAGAAGUGUUCGAAGACAUUUUUUGGGGUCAAAAGAAGGAAUUGGGAAGAAUAGGAUUGACUUUACAAAAUCAAAUUUGUGGAGAUUUGAUUGAAGAGUUAGUUAAAGAUUUGAAUUUUAGUUAUACUUUUACUUAUUAUAAUACUUCACUACCCUUUCAAGCUUGCAAAAGAAGCCUUCGUUUCUAGUUUUCCUUUUCUUUCUUUUGUGUGUAUGUGUGUGUGGAUUGUUAAUUAAUAUACAUUAUAUAGUAUAAGUCAUAUUUGAUUCUAUUGAUCAACUAUUUCAAUAUAUAGACAAUUUUGUUAACCAUUUUUAGUAUGUUA